UGGAUGAAUGAAUAAAUAAAUGGAUGAAUGAAUAAAUAAAUGGAUGGAUAAGUUGGAUGCAAAUGGAUGCAUUUAUUGAUGUAUGAAUAACUGAUCGGAUGGAUGAAUAAAUGGAUGGCAAUGAAUGUAUGGAUGGGAAUGAAUGUAUGGAUGGGAAUGGAUGGAUGGGAAUGGAUGGAUGGAGUUACGCUCCUUUUCCAUUAUGUUUAUAUACCCAGGAGGUCGUCCUUACGCUGGCAUGAAUGGACUAGAAGUUGUAGAAAUGAUCAAAAAUGGUAAACGAUUAUCCAAGCCUCCACAUGUCUACAGCAAACUGUAUUCCCUAAUGCUUCAAUGCUGGUCAAAGAAUCCAAACCAUCGUCCAGACUUUACAUCUUUAUGUAAACAAAUUACACUCUUAGCCAAAGAUCACCAGAGAUAUUUGAACUUAAAGGAAUACGAUCAUCGACUGUAUGUCAACGUCUCUUCUUUGGAGGAAACAUAGCAAGAAUAUAAUUUGCUUUCUUUAGAGGAAACAACCUUAGCUGAGACAUUUUCAAUGAAUUUGGGAAACCACAUGUCAAAGUCAUCGAACGAAGCGCGCGAAAUUCAAUCAAAUUGUAGUGUUGUAAAUUGAGUUUUUGGAAAUGUUUGAAAAA